AUGAUGCCAAGCAUAGUAGCGAUAGUAAUAAUGGCCCUAUCACGAUUGCAUUAGACACGACCGCUAGUAUUCAUAGUGAUGCAAUAACUGCCAACCGUGGACAGCAAAGCACAGUUUCACUACCGGCACCAACUGGAGGAAGCAACGGAGCAGCAACUAUGACGACAUCAACCUCCGCCACCGACAACAAUAACAAAGCCCAGAAAGAUCCCAAAACGGACAGCAAGUCGGUGACCCCCUUCGAAACGAUCAACACAAACCAUCAUUCAGCACAAACAGCACAACCACCACGUAGAAAAAGCACCAUAGCACCACCAACACAGCAACCCAUGGGGAACAACAAAUUGCCGGCUUCCUCGAUCGCUGCUAUAGCAACGAAGCCUAGCCCAAACAGCCCCAACGUCGUAGGUCUCAGUAGUGAACUGGUUCUGGGUGAGGGAACAACCAAACAGCUGCUGGAUCACAAACUUUCAUCGACCGGAUCGCCGAUCAUAGUGACCACCGACUCGUGGAAAAGGGCCAAAUCUUUGAGUGAAAACGUGACCACGGCGUACGGGAUUCCCGCACAAUCAGCAAAAGGCGGUCCAUCCGGUGGCGAGGUAAUUCAUCUCGUCGAGCACACCACAUCAUCCAGUUCGGAUUCGAUUUUUACGGACCCAUGUACACCUGUUGGACCAUUCGCCACCGAAAUCAACGAGGCUUACUAUUCGGAGGAGGAUCUCAUCGGGGCCCAAGAAGCAACACCCGUCCAUUCGGUGGAAGCUAUCAUAGCGAAGAAAUUGAAGCAACUUAGUGUUCAUAAGGUGGAAUCCAUUGAUUUGAAUGCCAACAGUGUUAAAGACACCGAACAGUGGAGGGAAAAACUAACGGUCGCCAAUGUUUCAAACAUAAGUGUGAAAAGUAGCGUCGAUCAGUGGUGGCUGGGAAAGUGUGCAGUGGAAAAUGUGAACAAUAUCAGUUUGGAUGGCCAUCAGUGUGAAGUGGAAACCAGCGAAGUAGAGUCCCAAACUGUGCAAGGUGAUGAAGAAGAAAUGGCUCUCAACUUUCGGAAUAAUUCGGUUAACCCUUGCGGCACGGUACAGAUCCAAACCACCGAUGGACUCGGGACGCCUACUGAUGAGUGCAAGGACAAGAGCAUCUUCAAUGUGGCACGUGUUAAGAAGGUCGAACUCUCCGAGAUCAAAACACCCAAUUCGUUCUACGGAACACCUUUAUCAGUCACGCAAACACCCGACACAAGCAGAACCUGUCCCAAUGAGCAAUGGGCAACACCUAAGCUGCCGGUCGGUGAGGGAAAUGUUCUGCGUAAAGUGGUCUCACUGUCGUCCGGGAAGGCUACCGAAAGUGCACCCUCGGGUAGUAAGAUCCUGCGACCAUCGUUUGUGCCGGAAAAGCUGAACUUCUCCGCGUAUGAGAAAUUUGAAGGUCAAAUGUUGAUGAAUUGGCUAGCAUCGACGCUUCAGACUUCGAACGUAACGGUCAACGAGCAGGAGUUGACCGUAGUGAUGCUGCAGUACUGCACAAAUCUGAUGGUUGCAGGAGUGAUCAAGCAAAUACCGGACAAACUGGCGCCGAUUCAGGAGACCUUUCGGCCUAACUUAAUGUACCAGUGGACUCACACAGAGGUACCAUCGCCGGCACCAUUGACUCCUGGCCGAUUGGAACCCCACGUGGUUUGGCCACACAUUGUGCCGUCCUCUGAAGCGAUCACCAAAUCGGCAGCGCAUUCUACUACUGGUCCACCGGAAGAUACCGAAAGUGAAGAAGGCAAAAUGACCAUCACAAGCACACCGAAGGCGUUCAAACCCAAGGCCGAUUCGAAUCUUGAAGAUCUGAAGAAUAAAGUGAACAAAUGUGAAAACUUAAGUGACGUCAGAAGACUUAUCCAAACAUUGCUAAGCGAAACGAAUGGCACUGCAAAUCAAGUGGAAAUCAUAGAAGCGAAAAAUCGAACGUGUAUACUUAGUGACCUACUCAAUGAAUCUGAAGUGACAGUUUAUCCAAUCGAUGCACGAAAUCAAGAUGCAAAACAGAUGGUGACACCUCCACAAGCACCGCCACUCGUUAGUUCUGCAGUGGAAGCUGAAACACCACGUAUUAAUGGAAACUUAUCGACUGAAUGUGAUCCCAAUAUGAUUAACGCAAGCUUGUCUAACAGUAUUGAUAAACGUAGUGAUUGUUCCGCGCAAAAUAUUAACACAAGUGAUAGUAAUCUGACUAACGGCACCGUGUUCAAUAACAAUCUUAACGAAGCUCCAUCUACCAUUUAUGUCUGCCGACACUGCUGCAAACGAACAGUGGCUACAAAUGAGCAAAGUUCCUGCACCAGCAACAAUGACCAUCCAGAAUCGAUAGUUCUCGAAACUCCUAAGAAACUAGUAACGCAAGAAACUCAAACCGAUCCCGAGAAACUCAACGAUAAUGUACCUGUUCCGGCUGCAGCUCCUCCCCCAUUGCCCCCACCCCUUCCUCCUCCUCAUCCCCCUCCACCACCACCCAUGUUUAAAACAGCGGUUGCACCACCUGGACCACCCCCACUACCGCCACCUCCUCCUCCUCCUCCACCCCCACCACCAAUAUCAUCAGUUUCAAUUCCACCGAGCACUUCCGGUGGUCCACCAGCACCACCCUUGCCACCACCACCACCACCGCCAACGGCUCCUCUGGCCGUAGGAUCCGGUCCACCGGCACCUCCUCCCCCCAUGAUGGCCAUGGUCGCUCCGGUUACAACAGCUGCUACCCUGGGACCAGGUAAAUUACCGUCAAGCGCUUCUCAGGGUGCUGCCCAUUCCGGCCACGUGGCCACCAACGCAGGCCCUCCACCACCAUUACCAUUACCAAUACCGACGCCCGGAGGAUGGUAUCAGGCAAAUACCCUCCGUAAGAAUGCCGUAAAUCCCCCGAAACCAAUGAAACCCCUCUACUGGACCCGAAUUGUAGCACCGAAAACGAGCCCAGUCACAGAACCGGACGCCCCAUGUGAACUUGCCGAAGACGGUAAACUUGCCCUCUGGCAAGAACUAGAGGAAACGAAUCUAGACAAUAUGGACGAGUUUACCGAACUCUUCUCCCGGCAGGUGGUAGUGCCAAAAAUAAAAGAAAAAGUUGAAAAACCGGAUAAAACCGUAAAAGUGUUGGACAGCAAGCGUUCUCAAAAUGUGGGCAUUUUCGCCAAGAGUUUACACGUUCACUUCGAUGAAAUAGAGUUCGCCAUCUAUCAUUGCGAUACGUCGGUGGUCAGUUUAGAGGCACUGCAGAAGAUUAUGGAAAUCAAGGCCACCGACGAAGAACUUGCCCAAAUAAAGGAAUGUGCCGAGGGAAAUGUACCGUUGGAUCCUCCUGAACAGUUUUUGUUACGAAUUUCAGAGAUUUCAUCCUUUUCGGAAAGAAUCUCAUGCAUCGUAUUCCAGGCAGAGUUUGACGAACUGUACAUUUCUGUAACGAGGAAACUCGAAACAGUCAAGCACACCUGCGAGUUUCUGAUCGAAAGCGAACAGCUCAAACACCUAUUUUCGAUCAUCUUGACCCUUGGAAACUACAUGAAUGGCGGUAAUCGAACACGCGGCCAGGCUGAUGGGUUCGGGCUGGAAAUUCUUGGCAAACUGAAGGACGUAAAAUCCAAAGACAAUAACAUCACGUUGCUGCAUUUUAUCAUUAAGACCUACAUAGCCCAGUGCCGGAAGCAGGGUGUGCUUCUGCAUGAAGUGGUACUGCCAGUUCCGGAUCCUGGCGAUCUGGAUCGAGCUGUACUGGUUGAUUUUGACGAUUGCCGCUCCCAGCUCAAUAUGCUCAAAUCCAAAACUGAUGAAUGUCGGCGCACAACCGGAAACGUGAUACUAGAAUCGGCCGAGAGCAAUAUUCAACCAUUCAAGGAAAAGAUGGAGGCUUUCAUCGAAGUUGCCAGCAAACGUAUCGAAAAGCAGUACCGCAAACUGGACGAAUGUCGGGAGAUAUUCCUCAAAACUAUGGUGUUCUACAAAUUCUCGCCGAAAUCUGGCGUCAUCGAGGAGUGCAAGCCGGAGCAAUUUUUCGAACUUUGGGCGCCCUUUUCGCAUGAUUUGAAAAACAUUUUCAAAAAAGAAAUCCUCCAUCUGUCCACUGAACUGUUGAAGAAAACUAAACGACCACCACCAGUUACGAACGGCACUAAUAAGCAGUCAUCGUCCAGCAAAUUGAAGGCAAAUUCUUUGAAGGAGAGAUUGAAGCGGCUUAGUAAUAAAAGCUAAUUAGAUGGCUCAAUGAAAUCUGGUUUGAGUUAGUUCAUUUAGUAGAAGGUUUGUUACAAUCAGCGUUGCCCAAGUCACAACAUGAUUAUUAUUCUAUUUUUUAAAUGGAAUUAAACCUUUCUAAGAAGCAGUAUAGGCGAAUUCUCAGCGAAAUUAGCGAAAUUUUAAACGACAUCACUACGCUGGUCCUAUGCUGCAUUCUAUUACCUACUUUUGAAUCAUAGGAUUCGCAAUCAUCAAAGUCAAAGCAAUUGUUGUGGGGAAUCAUUGUCUUUAGUAAAAUUCGUCUAAUAGAAACUUUAGAAAUUUGGGUGAAGUAAUACUUGGGCAUCACUUUGUCAUGGAUGGGUUUUGUCGGUCAAAUUGUCUGAAAACCGAGCACAAAAUGCUCUUUUAUACGAAGAAGUUCAUUUGCGAAUGUAAUUUGUGUUCAAUAGCUUUUAGAAUCCCAUUACCUUCCUGACGAAGUGAUUCAAAAGUAUCAGUAAUGAGCUCCUUUACGAAAAAUAAGUGAACAAAAAGAUCUUACGCUUACCCACGACCAUAAAAGAGGCAUCACAUAAGUUUAAGGAUAUUUUUAAUACUACUGUAUCGUCAUAUUGAUGAGAAACUAUCAGAGAUGUAUUUAUUAAAAUCGAAUAUUUAUUUAUUGCGUAAA